AUGCCAUUCUAUUCCCAAUACCAUCAGCAAAAUCCAGACCAGAGUGCUUCUCAAAGCCGUCAAUCAUCCAGGGUGUCUUCCCGCUCCGGUGAUUUUCAGCAUUAUCAAGAUCCGAGUGCUUCUCAAAGCGGUCGAUCCAUCCGAAUGUCCAUCUGCUCCCGUGAUCCUCAGCAAGACCCAAGUCGAAGUGCUUCUCGAUCCGGUCAAUCCACCCGAAUGUCCAUGUGUUCCCGUGAAUCCCAGCAAUAUGAAGAUCGACGUGCUUCUCAAAGCGGUCGAUCCACUAAAAUGUCCGUCUGUUCUGAAUUCCAGCAAUAUCAAGAUCACAGUCCUUCCCAAAGCCGUCAAUCCUCCAGGAUGUCUUUUCAUCCUGAAAACAAUCAUCAACUGAAUUCUUCACCUGAAGCUAGGGCUACUUAUCAACACCCACCACUACUGCUGCCUUCUAGAACUCCUACAUCCAGAAAUUCUUCACGCGUGCAUUCUCAAAGAGGUAAUGAACCUUCUCCUCAGGCUCCACCCCACGAACAGCCUAAAACUUCUUACGGUGCCGCUCAUGAUCCCAACUCCCGAGCUCACAUUCUUGGUCCAUCCUACGAGCGUGAUCACUCAACUUACAACUCGCCAAAUUACAAUUUACAGUUACCCAAUGAAACCUACAGAUCUUUAACUUCUCCAUCGGUGAGUUUGGCACCACCUCAAGCUUUCAAUCUACGCCCUAAUGAUGGAACAUCACAACCCGAGCACAUCGUCUUCCAACAACAACAGACCCAGCCAGCACCCUUGACCACACUUUCUCGUACACCUCAGUCCUCUAACACCGGCAAUGUUAACAAUCAAUCCUGGGAUUCUCGUUUCCAGAUUCAAAAUCGAAAUGACAAUCAACGUAUGCAACAAGCACAAUCACACCACAGCAGCAUUGUCAAUCCAACCAUUGGACAUGCUACUAGCCGUGAACCGUCUUUAACUUCUCCAUCACACAUCGUCCUUCAACAACAACAGGCCCAGCCCACAAGCUUGACCACACUUUCUCGCAUGCCUCAGUCGUCUAUAGCCCGCAAUCUAAACAAUCAACCCUGGGACUCUCGUUUCCAGACUCAAAAUUCAAAUGACCAUCAACAUAUGCAACAAGAACAAUUCACUCAGAAUCAAAAUGACGAUCGAAGAAUUCAACAACAACAAUUGACUCAAAAUCAAAAUGACGAUCAAAGAAUGCCACAAGCACAAUUGACUCAAAAUCAAAAUUACCAUCAAAGAAUUCAACAAGAACAAUUGAAUCAAAAUCAAAAUGACAAUCGAAGAAAUCAACAAGCACAAUUGACUCAAAAUCAGGAUGACAAUCAAAGAAUGCAACAAGAACAAUUGACUCAAAAUCGAAAUGCCAAUCAAUGUAUCCAACAAGAACAAUUACAUCACAUGCGGAUUGUCAAUCCGACCAUUGGACAUCCUCCUGGUCAUGGACCGUCUUUAUCUUUUCCAUCGGUGAGGUCGGUACCACCUCAAUCUUUUGAUCUACGCCCUAAUGAUGGACCAUCACAACCCGAGUGCAUUGCAUUCCCACAACCACACCCCCAUCCCACAACGUCGACAUCGUCUAGGAUGUCUAUUGAUUCGGCCGAACCUCAGCCAAUCAAUCUACGCCCUAAUGAUGGACCAUCACAACUCAAGCACAUCGUCCUUCAACAACAACAGGCCCAGCCCACAAGCUUGACCACACUUUCUCGCAUGCCUCAGUCGUCUAUAGCCCGCAAUCUAAACAAUCAACCCUGGGACUCUCGUUUCCAGACUCAAAAUCCAAAUGACCAUCAACAUAUGCAACAAGAACAAUUCACUCAGAAUCAAAAUGACGAUCGAAGAAUUCAACAACAACAAUUGACUCAAAAUCAAAAUGACGAUCAAAGAAUGCCACAAGCACAAUUGACUCAAAAUCAAAAUUACCAUCAAAGAAUUCAACAAGAACAAUUGAAUCAAAAUCAAAAUGACAAUCGAAGAAAUCAACAAGCACAAUUGACUCAAAAUCAGGAUGAUAAUCAAAGAAUGCAACAAGAACAAUCGACUCAAAAUCGAAAUGCCAAUCAAUGUAUCCAACAAGAACAAUUACAUCACAUGCGGAUUGUCAAUCCGACCAUUGGACAUCCUCCUGGUCAUGGACCGUCUUUAUCUUUUCCAUCGGUGAGGUCGGUACCACCUCAAUCUUUUGAUCUACGCCCUAAUGAUGGACCAUCACAACCCGAGCGCAUUGCAUUCCCACAACCACACCCCCAUCCCACAACGUCGACAUCGUCUAGGAUGUCUAUUGAUUCGGCCGAACCUCAGCCAAAUCAACAACCUAGCCCACGUCAAACCAUCCAAUCCCAAAGGAUGGAACAACAUACAGAAGCUAAGCAAUCUUGUAUCUCAGCCGCUCCUCCACGCCCAUCCGAAGAGACAGAAGAUCAACACGCGAUCAACAAUGAAGGACAAGCUGAGGACGAGGUACAGGAACUAGAUGCAGACACGGAAGAAUCCGACUCUCCUGAAGUUUUUGAUCUAGUUGAGGAUCGCACGUAUCAAAAUCGAGGAGCUGCACGCCGGGCUCGAGAUACAAUGGCAAGACAUGAUGGCACUCGUUAUGAGAAGCUUGCCAAGCCUCCUGUAGAGUGCUCUCCAUAUGAGCGGCUCACUAUCGCAAUCCAGCAUUACCACAACAUCCUCCUAGGGAUUGUUCGAAAAGGCAAAGGCCGAAAAGGACAUCGAUUACUCCCACCGCCACCAUCCGACGAUGAGUAUUCCACUUGGGACAAACGGAAAAUCGAGCGUCGACGCAUCAUCGAUAAGAGCGUGGCACAAGCUCAAGCUCGUUACCGCCGAAAACAUCCACAGGCUCACCCUGCUCAGCUUACUAAAGUUGGAGAUCACGCUGCCGAGGACGCUCUCUCUACAAUCCCGCCUGUCAAAUUUACUUCCCUAGUGGCGCUCAGGAAUUCAGGGGUUCAUUAUUCAACAACUGUUGCCUCUACUUGUGAAGGUGCAUUGGCCCUUUCUGGAUUCACCCGAUUCACUUAUGAUUGGACUGAUACUAUCAAGUCGAGAUGGAAUGAAGCUGUCUCCUCCAUUAUUCUCCAAGAGUGGGAGAAGUGUUACAAGAGGGGUGAUGCCGAUGAUUAUGACAUCGAUACCAAUCACGUCACGGCCAAAAAUCUUAGACAAGUUCUCGACAGGUGGUUCAGUACCAAGGCUCGCGAAUAUGUGUCCCAAUGCAAUCAGGCGGCCGGUCAGGAUAAUGCAAACCAAGCGCAACAGCAAGAGGCUGCAAAGGAGAAAACUCGCCGAAGAGAAUCACAAAAGCGGACAUUCUUCACGCAACACCGCGGCCUCCAAGCAAUCAUUUCCGAGAGAUCAAUCCAUUCUGAAGAUGAAGUGGGACUCCACAGGUCACUCAUUCCGAAAGCCAAAGCUUUUGGAGGCAUCAAGAUCUUGUCGAAUUACUUUCAUGAGUUGGAUGCACUGGUACAUCAAAGAACAGCAGGUGAUCAGGCUAUCACUUCCGCUCACAAAAACACUCGAUCGCGGCCUUAUGCUGCCGCAGAGGAAGCAGAUUUCCGUGGACGACCACCGAAGGGAUUUCCAAAAGCGUUACUUGACCAGCAAUUUAUGAAUCAACACGUCUCAAGAGCUGGCCUCUUGAGCCUUGGACUCUCCUCACACCAUUGUGAUUUAACGCCCUUAAUUGCCCAUCUUAGAUGGCUUCAGCUACCAGAAUGCAGUUGA